ACCGUUGAAAAACUCUUAGCUCUCACAGCAGCACGAAAGCUGUGGAAGCAGUUACUUCUCAAACACAAACCCUGAGCUAUAUUCCACACCUGCAAUGCUGUAUAAAGUCAUUGUGAAGGGGAAGAGACCCUUGCAGGCAGCGUCUCAUGUUAUCACGUCUACCGCGAACAGCUCUUCUGCCCUCUUCUCGCGAGUCUUUGUGAAGCGUAGAAUCAGUUUAUCAGGAACUGUGCGCUCAUUUAGGCGGGGUGCAUUGAGAAGAUCGUUUUCAACUAGAACCAAUAUUCCUCCAGAGACGACGCCCCCACCACCACCGCUAUUGCCAAGCGCCCAUAGCGUCCCGCUCUACAGACGUCUUAUACUGGCGUGGACAGAAACACCCACAAAGUGGUACCCACUUCCCUUGGCCGUCGGAGCCCUUCUUCUCGUUGUUAUCCAAUACCGCAAGAAAGUUGCGCGCGCAGAGAAGGAGGUUCACGUCGAUGAUGAAGGUAAUGAAAUCAUCAAGCUCAAAGGGCCAUGGCAUGUUCACGUAAUAGGUGCACUUCCUCUCCGAAACAUGUCGCGCGUCUGGGGCUACAUGAACUCGCUCGAGCUACCGGUUUGGAUACGGCCUUAUGGUUUCCGGUUCUAUGCAUACGUUUUUGGCUGCAACCUUGAGGAAAUCGACCCCGAUGAUCUGGCGCAAUAUACCAGCUUGGGCCAGUUUUUCUACCGAAAGCUCAAACCAGGUGUUAGGCCUAUAGACAACGCUAUUCUCGUCAGCCCUGCUGACGGCACCGUUUUGCAUCUCGGAACUAUAGACAACCUUCGAGUGGAGCAAGUUAAGGGAAUCACCUACUCUUUGGACGCUCUCCUCGGUGUGGAACGUUUGGAACCAGGGAGUCCGACCUCGACAGUAAUCGAAUUCCCCAACCGAGAGAUGUCUCAUGUGACUGACCAAGAAUUUGCUAAUGUGAAUGGCAUCGAGUAUAGUUUAGACCAACUCUUGGGUGCAUCCACGCCUUCCACUCCGGGUACCGUGACACCUCCAAUCCCCAUAACUCAGUCCGCCUCCUCUGAGGCAAAACCUUCAUCCGUGCCGAAGAAAUUCGGCGAGCAGAUCGACGCGUCUGUAGAGCAACCAGGGUCCCUCCAAGAAACUAUCGCGCACGAUGCCUCCGUCGCUCGCGAAAUAGGCCUUAGACCUUCGAUUGAGCGGAAGAGAAGCACGUCGGGCACAAGCGUCAAAGAAGGCAAUGCUCUUUACUUCACUGUCAUUUACCUCGCUCCAGGCGAUUAUCAUCGGUUCCACAGCCCGACUGCUUGGGUAGUGGAGAAAAGGCGCCACUUCGUUGGUGAACUCUUCUCCGUUUCCCCAUACAUGGCAAAGCGGCUGCGAAACCUCUUCGUCCUGAAUGAAAGAGUCGCGCUUCUCGGUCGAUGGAAAUUCGGUUUCUUUGGUAUGAUACCCGUUGGUGCCACGAACGUGGGCAGCAUCAAGAUCAAUUUCGACACCGCCCUUCGUACUAACCUCCGAGGUAGACCCCCUCCUCCUGGAACGUACAACGAGGCCGUCUACUCAGCGGCCUCGCCUAUCCUCAAUGGUCAACCGUUGACUUCCGGUGAAGAGAUGGGCGGAUUCUGCUUGGGAAGUACCAUUGUGUUGGUAUUUGAAGCCCCGAAGUCGUUCGAGUUUACCGUUAAAGCUGGACAAAAAGUCAAAGUGGGAAAUCGCAUUGGCGAUGUGCCCAGCGUUUCGACGACAGUCCGCAAAGAGAAGACCGACUAGAUAUACGGUCAACGAUCUACAUUGACGCAUCUUAUGAUAAUGAAUUUUCAUUAUACCCUCACAUAUGUCACUCCUUCAUAGAAAUAACGAUAGCAUUGCAACAA